GCCUGCGAGCCAAGCAAGUCUAGACCUUUCUCUCUCUCUCGCUCUCUCUCUCUCUCUCUCACGAUUAAGGAAGCGAGGGAAAUCGGAGAACAGACGCAACUUCAUAGAAGCAAUCUCAGAGAAUUGUUAAGAUCGAGAUUUAUGUUGAAUCCUAUCCUUACAGGUGUUGAUUCUUUUGGCACUGGUUAAUAUUCUGAAAAUUUAGGGGACUGAGAGCUGGUUCUUGGUCCCCGGAAAAUGAGUUCUGAAUUGGGUUAGUGUGUGAAUAGAGAUAAUGAGCACCAAAUUACAUAGCCCAUUUCUGGGGUUUCCUCUUCAAUACUCUGUAAAUAGAAGAAACAAUGGCAAUUUAGUUUGUCUGGACGAAGUAAAACUACCCAAAAGGGCUUUCAGCAAGUGUAAAUGUGUGAAGCAAAAUCAUUGGGUUUCUCAGGGGAUUAGGUUUUCUCAUUUUUGCGGAAGAAAUGUGGAGCUGCUAUGGAAGAACCUAGGGUUGAGAGGCGGGUUGAUUGUGAAACAUGUAACAAAGCCCUUUUCUGCUGACAAAGCUCUGGUUAGGUCUUUGGUUCCGUUGUGGGAAGAAGGGUUGCUUUUAAUCAGGUGCUCUAUUUUUUUUGCCGUGAUAUCUGGGGUGUGCUUAUUGGUUUGGUAUGGGAAGGCAAAAGCCAAGACUUUUGUCGAAGCGAAGCUUUUACCUUCUGUUUGUUCGGUUCUGAGUGAGUAUAUUCAGCGCGAGCUUGAUUUUGGUAAGGUUCGGCAAAUUUCACCUUUGAGCAUUACCUUGGAGUCUUGUUCAAUUGGGCCUCAUAAUGAAGAGUUCUCUUGCGGGGAGGUCCCUACUGUAAAACUACAAGUUCUUCCAUUUGCAAGUCUGAGGCGGGGGAAGAUUGUGAUUGAUGCAGUUUUGUCUAAUCCAAGUUUGUUGGUUGUGCAAAAGAAGAAUUAUACCUGGCUAGGAAUACCUUCUACUGACGGUAGUCUACAGAGGCACUUGUCAAGUGAAGAAGGAAUUGAUCAUUGUACGAAAAUUAGGAGGAUUGCUAGAGAGGAAACAGCUGCUCGGUUUGAUAAAGAGAGAGAUGACGCAGCUAAGGAAGCUGCAGACAUGGGUUACAUUCUUUCUGAGAAAGGAUCUCAUACAUUUGAGAUUGAUGUGCCGAAGGACUAUGCUAGUCGUCUAUCAGGAUUAGCAACCUCUGAAUCAUUCUUCUCUAUGGACGAGCGACUGCACUGGCGAGAUGAUCACUGCAUGGAUACAGGUAUUGAGUAUGAUUUGAAGCAUGCAGAUUUAGAGAAAGCAUUUGGUGUAAAAAUUCCUGGUUCGGGGGAUAAAUUUUGGUCUAGAUUUAUACCAGGGCCUAUAAGAUAUAAAUUCAAGAGGAAAGCUAAUGGGCGGGAUAGAUCUGUCACUGGUGUCGCAGCCAAAAGAAGAAUUAUUGAGCGCAGUGCAUCAGCAGCACGUUCUUACUUCCUGGGUCUAUCACAUGGGAGGUUUGGCGAUUCUAAUCAGUCAUCUGGAGAUUAUGAUGUUCUGAAUACUGAGACUCCUGUGGUGAAAAGUGAGGUUGAUACUAGUGCCCGACCUUCAGUAAGUAGUUAUGAAGAACAUAUAACAACUGCUUAUCAGGAUGGGGCAGUUAACUUUGGAGGAGUGAAGAAUCCUGAGCAUGGAAAAGUUGAAGCUGCUAAUGAUUAUUUGACUAUUGGGGGAAAGUCAAGAUUGGAGGACAAAACAAAAGUUGGUCCUAAAUAUGAAGAAAAAUCUGGAAUCCAGCCUUUUCCAGGUGAAUAUCAUAUUAAUAGUCUCAGUGUUUUACGCGAUCCAUUUCUUAUGACUGUAGGUAGAUUGCUACGAAUUAGAAAUUCCAAUGACAAAUUUUCAUCUAUUCCUGGUGUCAUGGGAUUGGCAAAAACUAAUGGUUCAGAUGUACAUGACGGAGAUUUAGGAGCUGAUGGCAUAACUAGACAUGUGAAUAUGCCAGAUGAAUCCAGCAGAUUGGAAGACCAGACGUUGAAGUCUAUCGACAACGUUUCAGACGGUCAAAGGGGGCAUAGAUCUCAGAGUUCAACAUUAUUAAAUUUUGAGCCUUUGCUUGCAAUGCACCAUUCUAUCCCCAUUUGGCUCUCUAGCCUGAAGUUAGGAUUGCCUUCUUCACAUAGAAACUUGGGGAAGCUGUGGUCUUACUAUCUUGCCGGUCCUGUUCAAAAGCUAAAGUUAGAUAUGAGUCCAAAGGUUGAAGAUAUCAUUGCAGAACUUGUCAACGGGGCAGAUGAGAUGCAGACAUCAGGCAUUGAGAAAAUGCUUCCAGUUACUCUGGAUUCUGUUCAUUUCAAAGACGGAACACUAAUGCUACUUGCUUAUGGUGACAAGGAGCCCAGGGAGAUGCACAAUGUCAAUGGUCAUGUAAAGUUUCAAAAUCACUAUGGUCGUGUGCAUGUACAACUGAGUGGAAACUGUAGUAUGUGGAGAUCAGAAGUUAUGUCAGAAGAUGGUGGCUGGUUGUCUACUGACGUUUUUGUUGAUAUUGUUGAGCAGAAAUGGCAUGCCAAUUUGAAAGUUGUGAAUAUAUUUGCCCCGAUCUUUGAAAGGAUUUUAGAAAUUCCAAUCUUGUGGUCUAAAGGGAGAGCUUCUGGUGAGGUCCACAUAUGUAUGUCGAGAGGAGAAACCUUUCCUAAUCUUCAUGGGCAGCUUGAUGUCACGGGGUUGGCCUUUCAAAUAUAUGAUGCUCCAUCAUGGUUUUCUGAUGUGUCUGCCAGUUUAUGUUUCCGUGGUCAGCGUAUAUUUUUACACAAUGCAAGUGGCUGGUUUGGCAAUGUUCCUUUAGAAGCUUCUGGAGAUUUUGGCAUUAAUCCGGAGGAAGGAGAGUUUCAUCUUAUGUGUCAGGUUCCUUGUGUUGAAGUAAAUGCCCUGAUGAAAACGUUUAAGAUGAGGCCAUUGUUGUUCCCGUUGGCUGGUUCAGUAACUGCAGUAUUUAAUUGUCAAGGUCCCUUGGAUGCUCCUGUAUUUGUGGGAAGUGGAUUGGUUUCAAGGAAGAUAGCACAUUCACUUUCUGAUUUUCCUGCUUCAUCUGCAUCUGAGGCAAUGAUGAAUAAUAAAGAUGCUGGUGCGGUUGCAGCAGUUGACCGUAUCCCAUUUUCAUAUAUUUCAGCCAAUUUCACUUUCAACUCUGAUAAUUGUGUUGCUGACUUGUAUGGAAUCAGAGCUAGUCUUGUUGAUGGUGGAGAAAUUCGUGGGGCUGGGAAUGCAUGGGUUUGCCCCGAGGGUGAGGUGGAUGAGACAGCAAUGGAUAUGAACUUCUCGGGGAAUUUAUGCUUUGAUAAUAUUGUGCAACGAUAUUUACCUGGUUCUUUCCAGUUAAUGCCUUUCAAAUUGGGAUAUUUAAAUGGAGAAACAAAAGUUUCUGGAUCCCUAUUGAAACCGAGGUUUGACAUUAAAUGGACUGCACCAAAAGCUGAAGGGUCAUUCAGCGAAGCCCGAGGAGAUAUAAUCAUCUCUCACGAUUACAUUACUGUUGAUUCUUCAUCAGUUGCUUUUGAAUUGUUUGCAAAAGUUCAAACAUCUUAUCCUGAUGAAUAUUGGAUAAACAGAAAAGAGUAUGAUGCGAAAGGUGCAAUUCCCAUAAUUGUAGAAGGAGUGGAAUUGGAUUUACGUAUGCGCAGUUUUGAAUUUUUCAGCUUAGUUUCUUCUUAUCCUUUUGAUUCUCUAAGGCCUAUACAUUUGAAAGCUACUGGAAGAAUCAAGUUUCAAGGGAAUGUUGUUAAGCCUUUUGACAUUAUUGAUGAGCAAUUCUGUUGUUCUGAAAAGAAAAUGGAGGAUAUGCAAAUAAAAGAUAAUGGAGAUACACAUAGUCUUGUUGGGCAGGUGUCAAUCUCUGGUCUUAAACUGAAUCAGUUGACGCUUGCACCUCAGUUGGUUGGAUCGUUGAGCAUCUCACGUAAAUGUAUCAAGCUGGAUGCCACUGGUAGGCCAGAUGAGAGUCUUGCUGUGGAGGUUUUAGGAGCAUUACAGCCUAAUGUUGGAGAAAACUUAAAUGGAAAAGUUUUGUCCUUUUCUCUUCAAAAGGGUCACCUAAGGGCUAAUGUUUGCUACCGACCACUACAUUCAGCUAACUUGGAGGUACGCCAUUUACCACUUGAUGAAUUGGAGCUGGCUUCGCUUCGAGGAGCAUUACAAAGAGUAAGCUGUCAUAUUGGCCUGCUUGACUUUAUUGUUGAAAGAUUACCUUGGUAUCUUCCAUAUGAAGCUCUCGUUCCCAUGCAGAAAUUCAGCUUAAUUUUCAGAAAAGAAGAGGCCAUGGAGUAUUAUCUGUACUUCGGCCCAAAUUCAGCGGUGUGUUGGGUGAAGCUCUAGACGUGGCUGCCAGGUGGAGUGGUGAUGUUGUGAGUAUU